UGGCCCUCUGCUGCAUCAUACCAACCACUCUGUGCAUAUCCUGCCUCUCUGUGACUGGCUGCUGUCACUGGAGGAAAGAAGGAAGGAGGGGGUCUGACUAUCACAAGAGGAAGCAGAUCUGCGUUACAACAGCUGAGUUGAGAAAGCCUCCCAUGCGGAUUCCUGCCAGUAACAGGGAGAGCUCCUGAAGCCGUCCAGCUGAAACUGCAGCUCCAGUUUGGGUAAAUGACAGCGAGCCGGAGGGAGUCGGGCCGUUCUCCUUACACCCCCCUUCUAUUACAUACCCAGUUCGUUAUUUAUUUUCUUCUAGAAACAAAACAAUAUGUGACGCAUUUUCUGUUUAUUAUACGUGCGCGAGUCCUCAGUAAUUGCAAAUGAGCGCAAGUCGCAACUUGCGCGAGUUUCAACAGCAGCAACUGCGGAUGAAGAAUAAAACCUUAUAAGGAGCAGAACCGGCGGACACUAGCGUUGGAUUAUCCUCUGUUGCUAUUUUUCAGAGUGUGAAGUUAAGUUUUACCACCAGAAGUGAUGACUUCGGUGUGGAGGAGACUGCAGCGGGUCGGUAAAAAGGCUUCCAAGUUCCAGUUUGUGGCUUCUUAUCAGGAACUUACUUUGGAGUGCACCAAGAAAUGGCAACCGGACAAGCUGAGGGUAGUGUGGACGAGGAGGAACAGACGCAUGUGCUCCAAGCUCCACAGUUGGCAGCCUGGGAUUAAGAACCCUUACAGAGGCAUGGUUGUGUGGCCCGUCCCAGAAAACAUUGACAUCUCCGUUACUUUAUUCAAGGAACCCAACGCUGAUGAGUUUGAAGACAAAGAAUGGACCUUUGUCAUCGAGGGAGAGAACAAGGGUCACCAUAAGGUGUUAGCGUCUGCUGACAUCAACAUGAAGCGCUUCGCCAGUCUGACCCCGACCCAGACUGACCUCACCCUGCAUCUGAAGCCGCUGUCGGUCAAAGUGGUGGAGGCCACACUGAAGCUGUCGCUGUCAUGUGUCUUUGUUCGCGAAGGAAAAGCCACUGAUGAAGACAUGCAGAGUCUCGCCAGCUUGAUGAGUGUCAAACCCACUGACAUUGGCAACCUAGACGACUUCAAUGAAAGCGAUGAAGAUGAGGACAAGAGGCCUUUUACUGCCACAGCCCUGCAACCUCUUACUCGUCCAAACCGCCUCGCCCCUCCUCCACCUGAUAAGCAAACCUCCACAGGAGCCACUUUCCCAGCUCCAGCCUCUGGGCAGGACACCGUCCACUCCCGUCCUCCUCUACCCAUCGCUCCUCGCCCCUCACCUCGCCGGUCUCGACAUCCUUUCUCAGCUGGUUCCAUCAAAUCAGAGAUCCAGCCGGUCCCUAGCCCCUCCCCUCAGCCAUCACCCAGAGCCAAGCAUCAGAAAUUAGCCACCUCCGUUCAUCCCAACUCCUCCAUGUGCAACUCUAAUCCUUCACAAUCCCAGGUCACGGCUGAUGAGCUGUCAAUCCAAGGUCCUCUUCAUCCACCAUCUCCAAAAUCUUCCAAAGUUGCUCCUAAUUUACCAUCAGAGUCAUCUUCAUCGCUGACCUCUGCCCCCUCUAAACCCCCAUCAUCCAGUAAAGGUCUUGAAAAGCCAGAGCAACUCGAACAUCCAUCCCCUUCAUCAUCAUCACCUGAAACUACAACGUCUUCCUCCAUGGGUCCCCAAAAACCAUCUCUUGUGGCGCCCACUUCUCUGACCCACAAACCCAUCUUCACUGCCUCACUUUCCAAAUCUUCCUCUCUCCACAAAACCUCUCCAUCCUCUGACCCUGCAUCUAUUCAGCCUCUCACAUGGAGCACCUCUCAGCCCCCUUCUCUGCCCAGAAUCUUCCAGUCUGGUUCAGCUAAAGCUGCUGUAGAGUACCAGCGGCGCCCCCUGGAGGUUCAAGCUGGUGAUGAUUCUGCUUCCAUUUCUGGACAUUCUCACAUCUUCAGACCUCAGGUUGUAAAACCAGUCGCCCGUCCCACCUCUCCUUCUCCUUUCGCCACUGAUGCUUCUCCUUUCACCUCAACUGUGUCUCUCCCUAAAACUCCCUCCUCCACCUCAGAGUCAGGUGGUCAGGGGGCGUGGCCUAAGUCUGAUCCCUCUCCCAAAGGUGACAACGUCACCCCGGUCCCUUUGCUGUCCAGUCCAGAUCUUGAUGCUCUCUGCGACCCAGAGACUCCAUCUCGUCCUGCUGCCCUCCUGCUCCCUGCUCCUCCUCUCCCUUCCUCCCUUUCCUCCCCUCUCACUUUCUAUCAGUCUUCUGCUCCUUCUCUUCCUCACACCAGCUCCUGUCUGCUAGGCUCAGCGUUUCCUUUCGCUCAGGUAGAGGAAGAAACAUCUGUGAGUCCAUUGAGUCAAGGCAAAGGUUCUCCUCAGAACCACCAGGCAGAAGCAAACAGGAGAACAUCUGAACAGCAAGUCAGACCAGGUCUGGAUUCAAUCACGGAAAAGAAAUCAGAGAAGAUCAGUUCUGUUCAGUCCAGCUCUGAGUUGAUCAUAGCCCCGCCCCCUCCAUGGCCUUUCUCCUGCUGUGAGCAGUCCACCCCAGAUCAGUCCUCCAGCAGCGUUGUUGCUGCAUUUAUCACACCUAAGCAGCCAAAUGCUGAAGAGGUUGUGAAAAAGCCAGUGAAUGAGAGCAUUACGAGUCUUUUUAGGAGUGAAAUUCAGCCCCAAACAUCCAAUAGUGAAUCCCUUAAUAACAGGAAAGAAUCAGCGAGCUUGUUUCUGGAUGAGGAUGACUCAAAGUGUGAUACGAUCAAAAGGUGUCCUGCAAGUCUUGAACUUAAAACCAAGGAAAAGACAGAUGGAGGAAAGGUGCCACAGACAGAGCAGAUAGAGGGCGCAGCAGAGGUGAAGGAGCAGAAAAAACAGAGGGAGUCAGAUGUUCAAAAGAAAGAAGAGGAGAGGAGGAGAAGAGAAGAACAGAAACAAGAGGAGGCAAGAAAACAUGAGGAAGAGAGGAAGAGACUGCUUGAAGAGGAGAAGAGGAAGCUCUUACAGGAGGAAGAGGAUGUCAGAAGAGAGAAAGAAAAGAGGAAGAAUGAAGAAGUGAGACUCCUGAAGGAGAAGAAAGAUAAACAGGAGAAACUGAAGGAGGUAGAGCAACAGAAAAAACGAGAAGAAGAGAAGAGACUUGUAGAGUUAAAGGAGAAAAGUGAAAAGGCCAAACAGGAUGAGGAGAAAAGACAAGAGAGAGAAAGAUUCAUGAAAAUGAUGAAAGACGAGGAGUUGAAAAGGACGGAGGAAAAGAGAGUGGUUGAGGAGCAAAGAAAGAGGAAGGAGGAGGAGACAAAGAGGUUUCUGGAAGAGGAGAAAAGAAACAUGGAGGAAAGCCGUAUAAAAAACGAGCAACAGAAAAAUAAAGAAGAGCAAGAGAAAAGAAAGUGGGAAGCAGAAGAAAGAAGAAAACAGUUAGCAGAAAAGGAAAGAAAGAGACGCGAGGAGGAAAUGAGGGAGGAAGAGAGGAAGAGGAAAGCUGAUGAGGAGAGGGAAAUGAAAGAAGAGCAGGAGAGGCGGAAUGUUAAAGAAGCAGAAGAGAGAAGAAAGAGGGAGGAGGAGGAGAAAAGGGAGGAGGAGAUUAAAAUGUUUAAAGCUGUAGAGGAGAGAAGAAAGAAGGAUGAGGAGAGGAUGAAGAGGAUGGCAGAAGAUGAAAAGAGGCGAGAAGAGGAGGUAAGGAAACAGAAAGAGGAAGAAAAGCACAAAAGGAGAAAAGAGGCAGAAGUGAGAAAAAAGAAGGAAGAGGAGGAGAAGAAGAGGGAAGAGGAAAUUAAAAUACUUAAAGAAGUAGGUGAGAAGAAAAAGAAGGAGGAGGAGGAGAGGAGGAGGAUAGCAGAAGAGGAAAAGAGGCUAGAAGAGGAGGUAACGAAACAAAAAGAGGAAGAGCAUAAAAGAAGGAAAGAAGCAGAAGAGAGAAGAAAUAAUGAAGAGGAGAAAAGGAGACUAGAAGAAGAAGGACGGAAAAAGAAAGAGGUAGAAGACAGAAGAAAGAGGGAAAUGGAAGAAAGAGAAAGAUCACUAAAGGAGCAGAAAGAGAAAGCCUUAAAAGAAGAGAGAGAAAUGAUGGAGAAGAAGAAGAGAGAAGAAAAUAAAAAACUGCUACAAGAGAAACAAAUGAGGAUGGAAGAAGAGAAGAAGAAAAUGGAGGAGAAAAAAAGGCUAAUAGAUGAGGAAAAAAUAACAAAAAAGAAACUGAUGGAAGAGGAAGAGAGAAGAAAGAAAGAAGAAAAGGGCCUUUUGCUGCAGAAGGACAAUUUGCACAACAGGAAAAUGAGGGAGGAAGAGAAGAGAAAAUCUGGAGCUGUCAUCGUUACAGAAGACAACAAGUCAGAUGAGGACAAAGAGAAAAUGAAGUACUCUUCUCCUGUUUUCAAACAGUCCCAUACAUCACUUCCUGCUCCACCGCUGUCACAUGACCCACAGCUGGUGGCUUCAUCACUUAGUAAAGCAAACUCUGCUUCCGAUGAGCGUCUGAGGCUACCCUCUGUCAUGAAGGAAAGCUCACUGUCAAAAACUAAAAUUCAAGAAAAGAAAACAUCCUUCACAGGUUUAUGUUCUCCACCUGACAUCCAUUCAGGCACCACUGCUCAGCUGAGUUCUCAAAACAAAACAAUGACUUUAGAGGUCUUGACAUGCACACCACCUCCACAGAGGUCAUCUGAUGCAGAGACUCCUCUGUGGAAAGUGCUAGAAGAGACCAGUGGGACAGAUUUACCUGAAAAAGGCUCUGCCAAGGAUGGUGCAAAACCUUUGUGCAGAGGCUCAUCCAGAGAAGAUGCAGGUGAGACGGACAUUCUUGUGAGACAGGAUCACCAACUGAAACCAGAUCCAGAAAUGCAUCCAGCUGUGAUGCGACUCAGCUCACCGCUUGCACAACAGGAGCCUAAAAAGCCAGAGAACCCCAGUGUGCAACCAGUAACCUCUCCUGAACAUUCCCUUGAACCAUCUGGUGAUCAGACAGUCCAUGUGUUGGACCCACUUGUGCCUUCAAAACCAGGACCAGAACUCCAGGAGGAACAAAACCACCAAUCGUCCAAACCAAAACGGGAGGGAGCGGAUGAGAAGGAACCAGUGAAUGCUGUUGAUGAGGGUCUGGAGAGUUUAAUGAUCACAGAGGAGCCAGUGUGUGAGGCAGAGAAGAACCUGUGGGCGGCUGUGGAGGAGACCACAACAGAGCUGGGAGCAGAAAAGAGGAUGGAAAGCUGCGGAGCGAAAGAGGAAGAAGAAGGUGUAAAAGGGGGUGCUGAGAAAUGUACACAUGCAGAGGCAGAUGAGUGUGUUUCUGAGCAGCAGGAGGAGGAAGCUGCUGGCUUCAUGUCAGCAGUAGUUGGGCUUUUAUACAGAGGCUACGGGACGAUCGUCUCUAUACUCCACACGACUGGAUCCAUUGAUACAGUUCAUUCUCAGUCUUCUGCAGACCAUUUAUCCACUUUUCCAGAUGAUGAGGCCCAGCUGAGCUUACAUAAAGUAGAUAAAGUGACGUUUUGUUCGUCUGAGCCAAUUGAUGAUCAUCUGAGCAUUUCCCCACCCAAGAUUUUCUCUGAUGCAGCAGAAAGUCAGAAUGUUUUGGGAGAUAAAGUCUGUGAAACAGAAUUAUCUCAAAAACAACAUGCAGUGCAGGAGGUGAGUUUGGUGGCAAGUCUGAGACUUGCAGCUGUUGAACAGGAGAAGGAAAGAGAAAAGAAGAUGGAGAGAAGGGAAAGAGAAGUGAUGGAACACACUAAAAAUGCCCAAUGUGAGAAAAGAGAGAGAGGGGAAAGAGAAGAAGAAGAAGAAGAGAAGAUACGACAUGAAAGGCUGGAAAUGGAAGAAGCAGCGAAAAAAGCGAAGGGUGGAUUGGAGAAGGAAAUAGAAAUAAAGAAGCAGGAGGGAGAGAAAGAGAAGGAUCAGCAGGGGAGUGAAAAGGAGAGAAAGAGGAUGGAAAAGGUGAGAGAGGAUCAUGAGAACAAACGAGAAGACGGGGUAAAGGCAGAGACAGCUGUAAAGCUACAGGAGAACAUUUCUGAAGAGAAUAAAAUCCAAGAGGAAAAAAAUAAAGUAGAGGAGACACCUCCUUCUUUUUCAUUUGUUCCAACCACCCAGAAAGGAAAUAAGCACCAAUCAGACAUCUGGCCUCCACUGAGGGAGGCAGAUCUGGAUGCUAUUGCUUAUGAUGCACAACUACAGGAUGGAAAGUCCAAGUCUGAGCCCAAACCAGCAGGAACUGUCCCAUCCCACACUGGGACAGGAUUGGGCUCAACCAGACCUGCUAAUUCUGUCAAACCCCAAAUCUCUGUUAGUGCAGUUAAAACAGCACCAGGCAAUGCUGGUCUGAGACCAGUUAGGAAGGAUUCUGCCAAUCUAAAACACGGUGCCAUCCCAGUGUGGCUGAGAGAGGAGGAUGAAGAAGAAGUAGAGUAUGAGAAAGGACAGGAAGAUCUUGGCUCCAUCUGGCUGGCUGAGCUAUACAUGGAAGGGGAAGCAGGCCCAGAACGUCCACCUCUUGCUGUAUCACGGAUGUCCUCUGCAUCCCAAACACGUUGCCAGAGCUCAGAUGCUAAACAGCCCGAUAAACCUGAAUCUCUUGGUGUCAAUCAAACCGACAGGCAGCGUCCUAACCAUCCUUUGCAAAUGGAGCAAGUGGUCAAACUAAAGCACAAGAAUUCACAAAAGCCACUGAUGAUAAAACAGAGUGAUGAUGUCACUAGAGGAAGAACGGUACCAAGUGGUGAAGAGGCAGAAUUUGUACAACCAUUAGUGAUGCCUGUGCCUCUUUCUCAAAAAGCAAAGAAUGAAAAAGCUGACAGUGGGCAAAAAGUCUGUAAAACACACAAUAAGACACAGGAUGAGACAAAAGUUAGUGAAGUGGAUGAGAAAACCUCCACUUUCAAGAAAGACUCAAAUGUCCCAAUGAGCUUCAGUCCACAAACAAUUAAUGUGCCCAACAAAAUCUCAAAAGUCCAACAGCUCCAAGAAGAAGAGAAACAUUUACUGACUAAAAUUAUCCAGAUGUCAGGCGACACUUCGCCUGUCUCCUGCUCUCGAGGUCUGAAACGCCUCAUUCCUGCACCUGGUGAAAUUGACUGUGAUGCCACAGAGACCGACAGUGGUAAAGAUGUCCCAACUGACCUUUCUGAUCUGAGUCAGCUCCCUAUUGUGGCCUGCUUUGAUGCCCAGCAGGACAUAACACUAAAUGACACAGAAGACCCUUUUGGACAGAACAAAGUAUUCAAACAGCAGUCUUCGGACCUCCCUGAUGGUGGAAAGAACAAACAACCAUCCCAUACAAAAGACACCAUGGUUUCCUCCCAUCAUUUUGAGAUUAAGACUUCUUGGCUUCCUACGUUAGCAGAGGAAGAAGCUUCUGAGGUUAAGAUUGCUGAUCCUGUGCCAACUUUCAGAGAGGAGGCUGAUGGAACAGAUGACACAUCUGAUGACCUUGUCAACUCCAGCCAGUCACUCCUGGAGUGGUGUCAGAGCAUCACCAACAAGUACCAGGGCGUAAAGGUCACAAACUUCAACACGUCCUGGAGAAACGGCCUGGCUUUCUGUGCCAUACUGCACCACUUCCAUCCAGACAAAAUAGAUUUUGACCAGUUGGACUCUCAUAAUAUCAGGCUCAACAAUAAGAAGGCUUUUGAUGAGUUUGAGUCUCUGGGCAUUUCUCGUCUCUUGGAGCCGUCCGACAUGGUCCUUCUGCCAAUCCCUGACAGGCUCAUAGUUAUGACUUACCUCAGCCAGAUUCGCUCACACUUCACCAACCAGGAGCUGAGUGUGCUGCAGAUAGAGCACAACAGCAGUCAGUCCAGCUAUGGCCUGGCCCACGCCGGUCCCACCAGCGUCGAUGCUGCAGCUUUCUGCAUGGCCAGGCUGAACGAAGGCAUGAGUCUGGAGGAAGGAGGGAGCAGCACGCUGGUCGUUCCACCGCCCAGGACGAAACGAGCUGUUAAAGAUCAGUCAAUAAUCCCAGUGCCACCCCCAAGAUUGAUCACCAAACCAGGAAAAUCUGGACAGGCAGAAGAUUCAAAGAUAAACUCAACAACAGAGUUGCAGAGUUUAGCUGAGCCUCCUAAACAAGAGCAAGAAACAAUGUGCCUGCAGGACACCAGCCAGUAUGUGUUGAGUGAGCUGGCAGCACUGGAAACAGAGCAGAAGCACAUCGACAGCAGAGCUGCUGUGGUGGAGAAACGACUGCGAAGCCUCAUGGAGACGGGGAGUGACCGUGACGAAGAGGAGAGACUGAUUCAGGAGUGGUUCACUUUGGUGAACAAAAAGAACGCUCUGAUACGCCGACAAGACAACUUGGAGCUACUACAAGAGGAGCAGGAUCUGGAGAGAAGAUUUGAGCUUCUCACCAGAGAACUGCGGGUCAUAAUGGCUAUUGAAGACUGGCAGAAGUCUUCUGCUCAGCAGCAGAGGGAGCAGCUGCUCCUCCAGGAGCUGGUGUCAUUGGUCAACCAGCGAGAUGAGAUCAUCAGAGACAUCGAUGCCAAAGAGAGAAUUGCACUGGAAGAGGACGAGAGAUUGGAGCGAGGUUUAGAGAUGAGGAGGAGAAAAUACAGCAACAAAGACAAAUGUGUGUUGCAGUAAAAGAUCUUCCUUCAUAAGAGACUUUUAAAAAUCUAUCAGGACACUGGAGCUUUAUAUUUUCUACUAUUUUUUUUCCAAGAGAUUUGCCUUUAUUCUGAGGCCGUAAACUUUGUGUUCCUCAAAAGUAUCACAUUUGAUUUUUUUCCCCCUAAUGUAAUGGAAUUUAAUUAAUUUUUCACCUGUUUUUGUUUAUUUAAAUAAUGCAUCAGUUUGUCGGUCAUUUAAAGCACCUAUUCCCUGUGUGUGUGUGUGUGUGUGUGUGUGUGUGUGUGUGUGUGUGUGUGUGUGUGUGUGUGUGUGUGUGUGUGUGUGUGUGUGUGUGUGUGUGUGUGUGUGUUAUCAUGGACGUUAUUUAAUAUUCAAACUCUGGUUUUCUUUGUAUUCUGUGCAUUGAGGAGACAUAUUUUCUAAGCCAAGGCCUUAAAACUGAGGUAUUAUAGGAAAGUAUUCACUAUUGUUCAAGUUCUGAGCACGUACAAAGAUUUGUUGUUCUGCAGGAGAUGCUAUUCAUUUUCCACACCAAAGAAAUUAUGAAAAUGUCCAGACAUUUCACAAAAUAUGUCAUCGAGCUGGACUCAAUCUCAAAAGACUGUUAGUGCAGCAGAACAAUGUAAAAUGUUUUAUUUUGAAGAAUAAGUAUUCCCUUUGUUUCUUUAUUGCUGGACUAAUGUGUGCAUGCUUUAAAACGUGUGCUAAUCGGUACCCAUGAUGACAAGGCUGAUGAAUGUCUGUAUUUAUAACAUUAUUUUGGUGAAGGAGAAUAAAAAUAUGAUAGAAGUAAUAAAUAUUGGUUUGUUGCUUUGA